CAGGGUCCACCGUUCAGCGUCUCCCCUCCUGCCGACGCCGCCUCCCGCCGCUCGAGUCCGCCUCCGCCUCCACGCGGGGCUCCAGCUCGCUGCUGCACCGUCGCCAGCAUCCGCCUGCUGGGGGAGGUCGGAGAGGAGCUCCUCCGGCAGGCGCGCGAUCUCGCAGCCGUCGUGGCUCUACGAGCCCGUGACGCCGGCGCGGGCGCACGCCGGCCCAGCCACUGCAGGUCAUCCAGCAACUCAUUCGCGUUCUUCGGGUUCGGGGGCAAGCACCUUUUUCCUUCGGUUGAUUAGGAGUUGGUUGUUGCUUCAUCUCGUUGGAAUUCUCGAUUCGGUAUGCGUGCUUGCUCCUCGGUUCCACGGUGCCGUGCUCAGUUGCUUAGGCCAGGCAUCCAAACGCUUCUUCUAGGAGAGAUUUCAUCAUUUGGUCUCAAUUCGCACGCCAAUUCUUUCAGUUUAGGUGUUUCUCUCACUUUUUUCUCUAUUUUCUUUACUUUUCCUUUUGUUUUAACUUUGCAGCCCAUGAGAUGGACAAAUUUGCCCUUACCUUAUCUCUUCAUCACCGCGGAGAGGACGGAGCAGAUUGCUUCGUCCGUUCGUCUCCGCUCGGUCCACGAGAGAACGCCGCCUCCGCCCUCCGACGCAAGAACACCGCCGCCAGGCUCCAACGCAGUAACACCGCUCCUCACCUCAUGCCCUGCUGGCUGCCGUCGCAAGAGCACUUCUGUCCACCUCGCCCCCCGCGGCCACGACGUCGGAGAAGCCGGAGGCGAGCAAGCUCGCCCGCGCCGCCCGCAAUGCCGCUCCCUGUGGAAUUGCGUCGGUGCUGCUACACUCCUCUCUCUGUUACUCUGUAUCUCUAUCGCGGUCGCUGGCGCCCUCUUCUUCGUGCUCAAGACCUCUCUUGCGGACUUCGCCGUUUGCAAGUAGUUUGAAUCCCCGAUGAUGCCAGCACAACAGACGAGCGGACGAGCGGUGGCCUGGGAGGUCAGCGGCAGUGAGGUUGGCGGCUAAGACAGGGACGGCUCGGCAACGGCAUCAAGCAGCUUCAGCGGCGGGUAAGGCGGGGAGAGAGAGAUGGAGGUUGCGAGAUGGCCGGAGUUGAGGAAGAUAACCAGUGGCGACAGGGCCAUGGGCAGAAACGCCCGUUCACACAAGCUGGAAAAAGAAAACGGUGAAAAUGGUAAGGAAACACCUAAACAGAAAAUGGUGUGGAAGGUGCUGAUUUCAUCAGCAAUUAAUAAGGUGCCACGUAGGCAUUUUUGCUAACAUGGCACCAGAUUAACGAAGAGAGAGGAAACUAUCGUUUCAUCCUGAUGAAACGAGCCGGCUCCAGUUAACCAGGCGGACAACACCCCACUGAGGGGUCAUCGUUUCAUCCAGCGGCGGCGGCGGAUCCCGCGCGUCGCCGCCCUCCCGCGCCGUGCCCUCCCUCCUAAACCUCAGUCUCCCACCAUGCAGUCUCUCGCGAAACCUCGGGCGCUCGAGCAACUCCAUCCCCUCGCCGUCCACCUCCAGUCCAUGUCGUACGUGGACGUGACGAUGCGGUGGAAGAAGGACGCGUCGUUCGACGGCGUCCCCGUGCUCUCCCACGCGCGCGACAUCCGCCCGCUCGCCUCCCUGGCGCGCCUCCUCUCCCCGUCGCCCACCCCCGUGUCGGCGGUCUCCAAGCUCCAGCGCUCGCUCGAGACCCCCGACCGGCGGGUCACCUCCUUCCUCCGCCGCUUCCCCGCCGCCUUCGUCGAGUCCGUGGGGCCACAGCACAACCUACCCUGGUUCCGAGUCUCCGAUGCCGCCGCGCGCCUCCUGCGGGAGGAGCGGGACGUCUUCGCCGCUCGCCGCGCUGAUAUCACGGGCCGCCUGCGCCGCCUCGUCCUGAUGUGCCCGCGACGCCGCCUCCCGCUCCGCGUCGCGCAGGGCAUGCUCUGGCAUCUUGGCAUCCCGGAGGACUACUUUAAGGACCCCGAUCACGGCAUUGAGCAUGAUGGAUUCCGGAUUUUAACUUCAGCAGAUGGAGUUAUCUGCCAGGAUAAUGAUGGCGAUGGGAGGGAAUUGGGGCUAAUUGAUGAUGGAAAAGGUCAAGAAAUGCCACUAUCGGUUCUCCAGAUGAAAUUCGGAUCUGUGGCAGACGUGCCUAUCCCACUCUUCCCGUCGAAGGGUCUCCGGUUGAAGCAGAAGAUCAAGGACUGGUUGGAAGGCUUCCAGAGGCUGCCUUAUGUGUCUCCAUACGAAGAUUUCAGCCACAUCAUUCGUGGCAGCGAUGUUUCGGAAAAGCGGGCUGUCGGGGUGCUCCAUGAGCUGCUUAGUUUGUUUGUGACAUGCUCUGCUGAGAGGCGGCGGUUACUCUGCCUUAGGCAGCACCUGGGGCUGCCACAGAAGUUCCAUCUUGUGUUUGAGCGGCACCCGCAUGUAUUCUACUUGUUGUUGAAGGAAAAGACAUGCUUUGUUGUCCUCAAAGAGGCGUACAUGGCUGGGGGAGACACUGCAAUUGGGGAGCACCCCAUGCUGGAAUUGCGCAAGAAGUAUGUUGAGCUGAUGGAGCAGUCUCGGGAAAUCAUAAGGUGCCGACGGAGCGGGAAGCCUGUUGAAUUGGAGUCCAAGGUAUAUGAUAAUACUGAGGAUCCAUUAAAACGCUGUCUUAAAAAUCUAUGAUAUUGGUUGAGAAGAAGGAUGGGAAUCUUGUGCAAAUAUGGCUUCUACAACAAGAAUGAGGAGCUCUACUCUUGGUAGGAUCCGGUUUAUUGCUCAUUAUUUGCAGAGGAAUACAUCCAGUGUAGAAUACAGAAACAGAGAAUUGGAGUAAAAUGUUGGGAGCUUUCUUGGAGAAAAUCAUUGCCACAGACCACGAACGUCUGGUUUUCUUUCGACGAGUGACAGCCGCAUUUUCAGGUAGCCUUGGGGUCUCUGGUGUUCAUUAGAAGGGAUCCUUACAAGUUACAACACCAUGUAAUCCAUGAAGUGCAUAUGUACAUAAAAAUUGUAAAUUUAGAUUUGCGUUUUGUAGAUAUUGUAAACAGUUUAACUUAAUUUCCCCAACUCUACCAUUUCGCCAGUUUAUUUUUUAUUGGAAUAACUAUAUUCCAUUUCGCCAGUUUCUAAGCUGUCUAUAAUGCAACCUGUUUUUGAGGGGAUC